GGAGGCUCACUCGUCCAUUGCUGUUAACGCUGCUGCUAUAGCUAAACUGUGUGCAAUUAAAUCGAUAUUGUUUUAUCUUACGGAAAACGAGGGGACAUCGCAGAUGUAAAACCCUCGCAUUAUUGUGAAAUUUUACGAAGAUAACAAACCACAGAAAUCCAGUGCCGGAGUGUUAGCUUGACUCUAGCGUUUGUUUUGCUAUACAGCUAGCUAAACGACACUGAGCAACGCUGUUAUUUCAUUUAGGGUGUAUUCCUCUCCGUGCCCUCUAAAGAAUUGAACAUUUCGCAACUUUGCACACAGAUCUAUUACACUGCAGUGCUUUGUGGUUUAAAAAAAUGUCUGUCUACCGCAAGAUGAAUACCACAUUUGCUAAAUGUUGCUAACAGCUACAUCGUAACUGACUUAUUUAAUAAUGUGACUGCAGUCCUGUGAAAACAGAAUGGAUAGAGACUUGUUGAGGCAAUGCCUCACGUAUCAUGGAGAGUCCUUGUUCAACAAACUGAAAUGUGAACAAACAGAAAACCCAGACUUCCAAGCUGUGGUGUCUGACUUGUGCAAGGCCACGAAUGAAAGCAGGGGUGAAGAUCAGGGCAGCCCCCUUGUAGAGCAGUUCAUUGCCAGGAAGGCUGACAUCCUGUUCUGUCCAGCAUGGAAGACCGCCACUCUUCAAGAAGAAGAGCACGAGGCGGAGGAGGACGCUGCAGAGCCCUAUGCCAUCAUGCCACCGGUGGAGUUGUUCAUGGAGGUGUCGUAUGAGGAGAGACGAUCCAUGCUGUACAGGGACUUGGAAAGAGGAGACAUCGUGGUGGGGAGGAUCAACAACAUAAGAGAAUACGGCUUCUUCCUCACUCUGCUGUGCAUGGCAGGAGGCCUGAAGAGAGACAUAGAGGACCUGGAGUUGUCUGCUCUAUGUCACAUCAGAGAAAUUCCCUCCACUGGGAACCACGAUGAUCCUCUGUCCUACUACCAGAUUGGGGACUUCAUCAGAGCUGGAGUGAAAGACAUUGACCGCUACCAGGAGAAGAUCACCGUUUCCCUCCACCAGGCCUCUCUUUCUCCCAGCUUGGAGAGCAUCAAACUGGGAGUCAUUACGCGGGAGGAGCUGCCCGUGCACUACAGUCGUAGCGUUCGCGCAGCCAGCGACUCCAGUGAGACGUAUGAGUGUAUACUGAAGAGCUGCCACGGCUACCACAACCCCUCUGUAGUGGACUACCUGUUGGAGAAGGUGGGAAUUAGCGACACCCACCCACCAUCAAUGAUGAGAGGACUACAGAGUAAACUUUUUCAAGAGGAGGAUUUUGCCUCAGCAAUCAGGAAGAAGCAGUCCGCCUCCUGGGCCUUGAAGUGUGUCCGUGCAGGUGUGGACCAUUUCAAACAUGGUCGUCAUGUGGAAGCCAUGAAUGAGUACAACAAAGCCUUGGAGAUCGACACUAAUAAUGUAGAAGCACUGGUGGCGCGAGGAGCUCUGUAUGCUAACAAAGGCAGCAUCGUAAAGGCUAUAACAGACUUUGAACUGGCUCUGGAGAGCUGCCCAGAUCACCGCAACGCCAAGAAGUACCUCUGCCAGACACUGGUGGAGAGAGGAAAACAGCUUGAAGAACAAGAGAAACUAGUUACAGCUGAAGGAUUGUACAGGCGAGCUCUGUCUCUAGAUGACUCAAACCCUGAGGCACAAGAAGCCCUGAACAAGAUCACAGACACAAUACAGAAAUCGAUUCGCCUGCGAGAAGAAGCACUGGCUAAGGAGGAGGUGAAAGCUAAGACCAGCCAAACAAGCGCUGAGAAAUUGCGUAAGAUCUUAAAAGAGGAGAAGAGGAUGAAGAAAAAACGGAAGAGAUCAGCAUCUUCUUCAUCAUCAUCCUCCACUUCCACCAGGAGCUCCUCUACUUCUUCAUCGUCCUCCUCCUCUCGCAAGAAGUCCAAAAAGAAGAAAAAGAAGCGUCGGAGGUCUGAGCGUGGAAGUAAACGCCAUCGUAGGAUCUCCUCAAGGGAGAGCAGGAAGAGUGAGGAGGGUAAGAGCGAGAAAGACAGGAAGGAAAAAGAUGAGGACGAGGUGGAGUGGUAUCCUGCACCUCCCAACACCUCUGCCACCUUUCUCAACCAGGAGGGAGGCCCAGGGUUUGAGGAGAGGGAUGAGGUAGAAGAGAAGGAUGCAGAAGAAAGAAGAAUAUGUCAGCUUUAUUCUUUGUCGGCAGCUUCAGAGAACGAAGAGUCUGACUCCUCGCGUAAAGAAAGAAAGGGAAGGGACAGAGAGGAGAGCAGGGCAGGGAGAAAGAAAAGCAGUAUGAGUAGAAGCCCAGAAAGAGAGAAGAAGAGGAGCAAGAGCAGAGAGGGGAGGGAUAAAAACAGGGAAAGAGGGAAGGAAUAUAACAGGAGGAACAGUGACUCUAAGAUGAGAAGGAGCUUAGACGAGAACAGAAAGCGAAAAAUAUCCUGCUCCUCAGCUGACUCUGAGUAUUCACGGAAAUCUAGUGUCCGAUCUGAGUAUUCGGGAAACUCUGGUUCUGCUUCCAAACACUUGGAGAACAGGGUUAGACAUGACCUCUCUAAGAGGAACUCCUUUGAUGGUGGUAGGUAUGAGAACAGAGGGAGGGAUGAAAUUUGUGAGGUAGAAGACGUAAAAAGAGGGAAAGAAAGUAAAAAGGGGAGAGAGGAGGAAGAGAGAAGCAGUAAAAGAUCAGAAAGUGCUGGAAAUCAUCAUGAACAACGUGGUGGUGUGACCUCAGUGCCAGGGGUAAGGCCUAAAAAAGACCUUCCUGCUAAUCUGCUAGAUAUUUUCAAUCAGAUCGCCCAGUUUGAGAAGGAUAAAGGAGGCAGGCCAAAAAAAUAACUCCAAAACAAAAGACCAGAAUAUGCCAAAUACACACGUUAAAGAAAAGAGACUUUGAAAUGGAUGAUUGUACCAUUUAUUCAUUCUCUGGACCGUGCAUCAAGAUAAUACACCUGAGACACGGCCAGAUGUUUUGCUGAUUGAAUGUCCCAAGAUGUUUUCCGUUACCAUCAGUGUUGCAGAAAAUUUGUCAUUUUACUUUGAAUUGUCUAAUUCUUUAUGGUAGAUUUAAGGCCUGUAGUCAACUCUGAUGAUGGCUGGAUAAUAGCUGGUAAAAAUGAAAUAAAAUUGAAACUAAAUAAAAUUGUGAAAAUACUAUCCCAAAUAAUGUGAUAACAUCAUAUUACUGUUGUUACUGGUGAUCAUUAGUGUAAUUAAUUUUUACUUCUUAUAUCUUCUUAAAAAAUAACUUUACAAAAUAAUAUUUUAAUGUGAGAGUAUCUGUGACUAAAGAUAUUACAUCUUCAGUCAAUAUUGUUAAAUUAGCUGUGUAAUUUCCUACUUAAAUGGUCUUUUUUUUCAUACAUAUUGACAUUUGGCACUUUGGUGUCACAUCAGUUGCUACAGGCUUUAAUAUCCGUUCUUUUUCGUUCAUCUUAAGUUCAGACUUUUUUCUGUCAAAGGAGCUAUAUGUAAGUUUUUGCUUUUUGUGCAUAGCCAACGUUAGCAUUAACAGCUGUUUACCUACCAGUUUAGAAGAAACGUUACAAGUUCAGUAUCAAACUUCAUUCCUUUAUCUGCCAAGAGCUGUCUCCAGUGGUGGAAAGUAACACCAGUGUUAACUCUUGUUUGGCUUCUUUUUUUUUUUCCUCUCAUUUCUUUUACAGAAGUUAGCACGCCAAGCAGCUAACCCUGGUCCGACCAGAACGUCUAUUCACUUUCCGAUACUGAGUCACUCUAGUGUCCAGUGUGCCCUUAACAUACACAUUAUAUCCUAUAUAAGCUCUUGGCAAGCAGCCAUCACCACCACCAACUCCCAACAAGAAACCACGUUUGGCGACAGAGAAAACUUACAUACAGCCCCUUUAAGAAGAUAUUGCCUUAUGUUUACUGCCUUGUGCCAGUUUGUGCCAGUUUCUUCCUGUGGCUUGUUAAAUCUCUUCCCAGACAACCUGACUGUUAGUUCCACGGUACAUUUUCCAGCUUUAUACAAUGCAGAUGUUCCAUCUGUAUUACAACUCAUUUUCUCUUGUUGUAUAAUGAACUCCGUUGAAUCAAUAAAGCAUUUAAAAUGUUAAA